AUGUACUGUAAUGACAUCCACAGGGGAGACUACUGCUUCACCAGAAUCGUGCAUAACUCAUCGGGGGUUUUCACUGCGAAAGGACCAGCAAAUUCUGCAUUCUGUGAAGCUAAUAAAUACAAAAGCAGCCUAGCGAAUCCUGCCUGUAGGACUGGAAACAUACCAGAGGGCACAGAAUGUAUCGACUGCUGUAAACAGUAUAACUGUGACCCUGAUGACCUUUACUGCAACAAGCAUAUCAUACAGGACAUCCAUAUGCCAUUUACCGUCACUACACCUAAAACCACACCCACCGUAAUCACUAGUACUCUUCCAACAACACAAACAACCACACCCCCAUCAACAUCACCACCAAAUCGAGGAGGAAUGUGCCAAGUGUGUGUGGAGGGAAAUGGACAGAGUUGUGGACCUGCAAGCAACCAUUAUUGUAAUAAUGGUGAAAAUUACUGCAUGAAUACAGUAAUUUCAGACCCAAGAGCUGGGAAGAUUGUUGUGAAAAAAUGUGCAGAUGAAGUGGAAUGCAAAUGGAACUAUUGGGUGGACACUCUUGGUGAUCCUAAAUGCAGCAAUGUGACAGGACCACAAGAGGACAACGCUUGUAACUAUUGUUGUGAUAAUUCAGAUGACAGUGUGCCAUGUAACCAGAACCCCAUACCCAUACAUCUCUCAACAUUCGAUAAACCCCAAGAAGUGAAGCAGUGUAUCACGGGGAAUUCCAACAGCCAUUUUCAAUUGGAAACGUGUCCUCCAGCUUCAUCGUAUUGUUUGAAUGAAGUAAGAUACGACACAACUGCCAAACACCCAGAAGGCCUUGUCAUCAAACGGUGCGCUUUGGAAGCAGAAUGUAAGGGGCUUUGGUGGGAAAAGACUAGAAAACGACAAGAAUGUCUGACCCAGAACUUCACCGGAAUACCGGACCAAAACAUUGUCUGUACCUUCUGUUGUGUGUCUGAGAACAAUGGAGCGUGUAACGGAGCCUCGGUUCCAGACCAGAUUGCCCUAUUUACACCUGUUACCACCACCACAACAACGACAACAACUAGACCGACAACAACGAGUACUGUACAAACCACGGUACACGACCACGGACACCAUAACACACACAAACAUACAGACCACGGUCAUCACCACACGGUUACAACAACCACAAGCGCCACCACAACUACCACAUUGCCAACCACAACUACCACAUUGCCAAACACAACUACCACAUUGCCAACCACGACUACCACUCCAACAACUACCACCACACCAGCUCUGAUCACGUGUCCCGGAAACAGUUCAGUUGUAUGUGAAGACGAUCCUAAAGCACACUGCGACUCUCUGGCGUCAUUCGGAUUAUGUACACAUCUGCAGUACAACCCAGAUAGUGAAGAUAUCAAAUUCUGUCCUAGAACUUGUAACCUGUGUGAUAAAUACUGUGACUAUGUACUCAGAACGACUUUACCUCCUCCAACAACUCCUCCUCCAAAAAGAAGACAGUGUAAAGUGUGUGGUGAUGGCACCAGCAAAAGCCCUUGUGAUACCAGAUCCAUAUUUCUAGGAGCCUCUGUUUCGUGUCCUGUGGGCAAGGAUUUUUGUAUGACGGACAUCGUUCACGACAAAAACAACAACGAAAUGAUCUUCAAACGCUGUGUUGAUGAACAGACUUGUAGGAACGAGUGGUUGUCUCAGACCUCGGAUCAGGACCAUUGCACGGGUUAUCCUAAUGUCCCAGUCAGUGGCGCUUUCUCCUGUCACUUCUGUUGCACGUCCGAUUCCUGCAACAGUGGUCUAUUACCUGACAGUGCGACAUUCUAUGCGAAAGCAAGAUAUAGAUAAUCCACGCAUGGUGUUUA